AUGGCGACUUCAAUCAGUCCCUUAGUCGUGUUCGUUGCCCGAGAAAGCGCAGCAACAGGGUCGACUCGAGCUGAGUUUACAGAAUGGCUCCUUGAGAGUCUGCAGUACGUGUCAUCUCAGCAUGCCGCCUCGUAUGACACGAUUGGCUGGCAACUACCGAAGUUCUUUGCUUUUAUCCAUGGUGCAAAUGAACCCUGGUGUCCUCGUGCCAGACAUACAACCUGGAUGCUAGAUCUUGUUACUGAGGCUAAGAGUCUGGAUUGCCCGGUUAUCAUUGUAUUAUCUGGCUGGAGUGGACUGACGACCUGCCCCUUGGUCUUUGAUAAGAUCUUUGGGUGGUUCGAGGAUGCUGGGGUGCCUGUCAAAGUCCGGGUGUUUGCGGAUAGACCACGUCGGUUCUUCGAUGUCAACCCACAGCAGGUGAGAGGAGUUCUACGUGGUGAUAUCACUCCUAGUGAGGAUGGUGUCGAGCUGGAGGACUCGACACCACUCUACAUCGAUAACUUCUGGCUCCUCCACUUUGCUAGGGUGAAGAUGUCUGAGGCACAGCAAAUGAUGUGCGAUCUGGACUACCAUCGAAACUCCCACCCUAACUGGAUCAGGGAGUUCAAGUCCGUAUGUGGUAUUUGCGGAGAAAGGUUCAGAACCCAGUUGCUCCUUGCCGCCCACCAAGGGCACAAGCACCCCGAGACACGUACAAAAGACUUUAUCAAGCCUGAGUUCAAGUGCCCCCACUGUGGUGGUACAUUUACACGUCUCGAUGGCCUAACCAGGCACAAGAGGGGUUGUAAGAAGAAUCCCCAGGCGGAGCGAAAAGAACGGAAGAAGAACGCCAGAAGAGGGACAAGGGUCAACCCUAAUAGACUAAAUGUCCAGCCCAAGGGUUCGGACAAUAGUAUGAAGAGUUACCUUACCCUGACCGAGGAGGAUGCUCCCCUACUACCCCGUCUUGAAUUGAGCUCACCUGUUGUCUUCCGGGGUGAACUACAUUGCCGGUAUCCCGGCUGUAGGGUGACCACUCGCUACCAUAUGCCCAGUGCAUUACGCCUUCAUUAUAAGGCCAUUCACAACUUCGAGUACCCCGGGUUCAAAACAACGAUUGGGGAAGAGGGACGUAUCCAGCAUGAAGCUGGUACGGCAUGGCUUGCUCGGUGUGUGCAACUAGGACAGGAGAAUGCAGGGCCGGCCCCUCCCGCGCCAUCAGUAUGGUAG